ACCAUCUAGAUGAAAAACAACAAUAUUGUGACAUACUUACUAUAGCUGACUUGUCUGCUUCAUGUCAAAUGUCCAGCUGCAGACGCUAACCCCUGUAGUUAGACCAGUCAGCGGGCUGGGAUGAAACAUUCCCCCUCAUCUCCAUGUAUAAAGUCCUCAACCUGGACUCACUAUCAUCCAUUUGGCUGUGUUAGUUACUGUAGCCCCCACCUGCAGUACCAGUCCCAGUAAACUAACCAUGGCCAUGGUGAGAGUGUCUUCCUACCGCCGUCAGUUUGAGGAGGAGCAGUGGAGUCAGAAUGGAGGGUCCAACAGAGAUUGUGGGGCAGUAUGGAGAACACUGUGCACCGAGGAUGGUUUACUACAGGAGAUGGGCUGUAUGGAGAACACUGCACCAGGGAUGGUUUAUUACAGGAGAUGGGCUGUAUGGAGAACACUGUGCACUGGGGAUGGUUUAUUACAGGAGAUGGGCUGUAUGGAGAACACUGUGCACCGAGGAUGGUUUACUACAGGAGAUGGGCUGUAUGGAGAACACUGUGCACCGAGGAUGGUUUACUACAGGAGAUGGGCUGUAUGGAGAACACUGUGCACUGGGGAUGGUUUACUACAGGAGAUGGGCUGUAUGGAGAACACUGUGCACCGGGGAUGGUUUACUACAGGAGAUGGGCUGUAUGGAGAACACUGUGCACCGAGGAUGGUUUACUACAGGAGAUGGGCUGUAUGGAGAACACUGUGCACCGAGGAUGGUUUACUACAGGAGAUGGGCUGUAUGGAGAACACUGUGCACCGAGGAUGGUUUACUACAGGAGAAGGGCUGCAUGGAGAACACUGUGCACCGAGGAUGGUUUACUACAGGAGAUGGGCUGUAUGGAGAACACUGUGCACUGGGGAUGGUUUACUACAGGAGAUGGGCUGUAUGGAGAACCCUGUGCACCAGGGAUGGUUUAUUACAGGAGAUGGGCUGUAUGGAGAACACUGUGCACUGGGGAUGGUUUUACUACAGGAGAUGGGCUGUAUGGAGAACACUGUGCACUGGGGAUGGUUUACUACAGGAGAUGGGCUGUAUGGAGAACACUGUGCACCGAGGAUGGUUUACUACAGGAGAUGGGCUGUAUGGAGAACACUGUGCACCGAUGAUGGUUUACUACAGGAGAUGGGCUGUAUGAGAACACUGUGCACUGGGGAUGGUUUACUACAGGAGAUGGGCUGUAUGGAGAACACUGUGCACCGAGGAUGGUUUACUACAGGAGAUGGGCUGUAUGAGAACACUGUGCACUGGGGAUGGUUUACUACAGGAGAUGGGCUGUAUGGAGAACACUGUGCACUGGGGAUGGUUUACUACAGGAGAUGGGCUGUAUGGAGAACACUGUGCACCGAGGAUGGUUUACUACAGGAGAUGGGCUGUAUGGAGAACACUGUGCACUGGGGAUGGUUUACUACAGGAGAUGGGCUGUAUGGAGAACACUGUGCACCGAGGAUGGUUUACUACAGGAGAUGGGCUGUAUGGAGAACACUGUGCACCAGGGAUGGUUUAUUACAGGAGAUGGGCUGUAUGGAGAACACUGUGCACUGGGGAUGGUUUUACUACAGGAGAUGGGCUGUAUGGAGAACACUGUGCACUGGGGAUGGUUUACUACAGGAGAUGGGCUGUAUGGAGAACACUGUGCACUGGGGAUGGUUUACUACAGGAGAUGGGCUGUAUGGAGAACACUGUGCACCGAGGAUGGUUUACUACAGGAGAUGGGCUGUAUGAGAACACUGUGCACCGAGGAUGGUUUACUACAGGAGAUGGGCUGUAUGGAGAACACUGUGCACCGAGGAUGGUUUACUACAGGAGAUGGGCUGUAUGGAGAACACUGUGCACUGGGGAUGGUUUACUACAGGAGAUGGGCUGUAUGGAGAACACUGUGCACUGGGGAUGGUUUACUACAGGAGAUGGGCUGUAUGGAGAACACUGUGCACCGAGGAUGGUUUACUACAGGAGAUGGGCUGUAUGGAGAACACUGUGCACCGAGGAUGGUUUACUACAGGAGAUGGGCUGUAUGGAGAACACUGUGCACCGAGGAUGGUUUACUACAGGAGAAGGGCUGCAUGGAGACCACUGUGCACCAGGGAUGGUUUAUUACAGGAGAUGGGCUGUAUGAGAACACUGCACUGGGGAUGGUUUACUACAGGAGAUGGGCUGUAUGGAGAACACUGUGCACUGGGGAUGGUUUACUACAGGAGAUGGGCUGUAUGGAGAACACUGUGCACCGAGGAUGGUUUACUACAGGAGAAGGGCUGUAUGGAGAACACUGUGCACCGAGGAUGGUUUACUACAGGAGAUGGGCUGUAUGGAGAACACUGUGCACCGAGGAUGGUUUACUGCAGGGUGUCUCAACCUUUUUUAUAACAGAGGCUGGGAAGCUUCUUGGGGGACUUCUUGCAUUAAACUAGAAUGUAGCAGACAACCCUCUGAAGGACCGGGCAGCAACAUGUUAGGGACCGUUUCUGGUCCAGUCACCAGAGUUUGAGUGACACUGCUUUACUAGAAGGAGGCUAAUGGAAAGAAUAUGAUGUUUGUAUUGUGUUGUGCAAAUUGGAGAUGGGUUGAGACAUACAGUACUUGUAAGGUUUAUGAUAAUUUGCCCGUUUCAGAAUUCAACAAAGUUUGAGUUAUGACCAGAUGUUUGUUUUCUUUCACUGAAGUAUGUCUGAGGUAAGCUUUGCACUAUUUCUAUAUACAGUAUAGAAUGUCACUCCGUUUACCAUAGUGUUUAGUGUUAGUUACGCUUUGUUCGUCGCAAGGGAAAAGUUUGAAAGGUGAUGACAAACGCCUUUUGUACUUGCAUCAAACAAUGAAAUCAGGUUACCCGGGCGGUGUUAAUUUACACAGAGCUGAUUUGGGAGGAGCAGCAAUGCUAUUCAUUCAAGACUUUUCAGAGAUUGCGAUCUUGUGGCCCUUGAUUUUCAAUGUACAUGCACAAAACGAACCAAUACUUGUGAUAUUUAGCCUAUAGAUGUGUGUGUGUGUGGUGUGCACCCCUCCCACAGGGGUGUGGCUGCUGAGGAGUGUACGUGUGAGAGUCUGGUCCAAUUCACUGAAGACCACAGCGUUAUUCUCGCCAUGAUCGUUUUGUGGCACUCAUCAACAUGGUGAAGCCGGGAUGGAUUCAACCCUCUAAACAUUGUCCUACGGUUGUAGGAACAUUGUCCUAAGGUUGAGCAAACAUUGUUUUGAGAUGGACCAACACCAUAUCACCAUAUAACCAGUGCAAAACGCUACGAUAAAUCAAAAGUGUUUUUCUUAAACUGUAUGUUGUAGCCAGAUGCUCCAAGGAAGCAACCCAUUAAAUGUAACAUACACAGGGUUGUAAAAUUCCAGUAACUUUCCCCAAAGUCCCAUCUUUCGCAGAUAUCAUGGUUAGAAUAUACCUGAAAUCAGACAGAGAUAAGCAUAUAAUCUGAAUCCUCCAACCGGGAUGUUUGGAAAACCAAGCAAUUGUCUGGACAAUUAUCAGAAUUUUGCAACCCUAACAAUGCAUGUAAUUUCCUGUGUAAAAAAAGCAUGCUAUAUCAUUGUACGUGCUGUUUGUGCCCUUUAGGUGCGCUGCUUUGAGGAGGACAAUGAGUCUCUGGAGGCCCCGAUCUGUGAGCUGCAGGAGAGGCUGGCUGCCCAACAGACCACCUCCACUGUCCUAGCUGUCCCUGAAUGCAGCCUGGAUGACAUGGUGGAGAGACUGCUUAAGGAAGAGGGUACAUAUGAACAAUACAGUGGAAUGGAGGCAUUCAUAUCCCACUAGGAGCGAGGAAACAGACCGUUACCACUACCUACCAGUGCCAGACUGAUAAGCCACUGUGUGUCCAGGAUUGGAGCCCGUGUGAUUUAGAGGAGCUGAGGAGAGAGCUGGACUGUCUGCAGGAGCAGUAUGAGCAGACCGUCCAGCAGAGGACACUCAUCCGACUGGAGUGGGAGGAUGUUGGCCUGGAAGUGGAUGUAGAGACGGCAGACUGUCUGGCCCUGAGGGAGCAGGUGGAAAUCUACCAGGAACAACUGGCCCACAUGGAUGCAGAGCAUGAGACGACGGUUCAGAACAUGGUGGUCCCUGUAGAGGGUCCAGCUGCAGCAGGGAGAGAAGUCCUGGAGUUUUACAACCCUGACAUCCUGAAUAUCAAGGAGUGAGACCCUCCAGUGUGAGUUCAAGGAAACUGGUGUGGUUGUUGUUGUUGUCAACGUUGGAGCUGGAAAGGCGCUGGCGGUGGCCAGAGCUGCGGGGGUCACAGCCGUUGCCCAAAUAACAGAUGUCAACGAACUGAAGGAACUGAUUGUAGAGCUUGAGAAGGAGGUUACAGAGCUGGAGAGGUGAGAUUGAGGUGAAGAGAGAAGCAAAUGUGGAGGAGAUCGCUGACCUGGAGUGUCGUAUUGAGGAGAGGUAGGAGCAGCAGCAUAGCCUGCCGGUCCAGAUGAGGGAGCAGUGUGGGGGGUACGAGGGGCUGCUGGGUCAGACGAUAGCCCCGGACAUCGAGAUCGCUGCCUACAGGUGAGACCUUUCACUGAUGUGUUUCACCGACAGGGCCCCAUGGACACAACAGAUAACGUACAGUGUGAUCAUCAAGGCCUCUGCAGUAGUGAAAAAGAUGGAGAGGUCCUGCAUCAUUUACUUAUGGGCUUGUUCAGGAAGGAAACUGAAGUACCCAAAACACAUGAAAAAGCACACUUGGAAAGACCAUGACUAACCUUAAUAUAAUACUCU